GGAGCCCCAGCCCAGGCCCCGGGUCGCCGCCGGCCCGGCCGGCCCCUUCAUGGACGGCGGGAGCCCCGCGCCGCCCGCACAGGACCGACCGCAGCGCGCUGAUCGCCCACCCCGGACCCCAAAAUGCUGAUAGUUGAAAAGGCGACUGAGUCCCCCGCGGCCGAGUUCUGUCUGGUGGAGGACGUGGCCGUGCACUUCGCCUGUUUGAUGGACAGGCUGAACGAGCAGCGGCUGCUCCGUCCCGACCUGUGCGACGUGGACCUCGUCCUGGUCCGGCCCCAGGCCGUCUUCCCCGCCCACAAGGGGGUCCUGGCCGCCUGCAGCCCCUUCUUCCUGUCCCUGUUCACCCAGAACAAGCAGCUGCAGCGGGUGGAGCUGUCGCUGGAAGCGCUCACGGCACAGGGGCUGGAGCAGGUCCUCAGCUUCAUCUACACGUCCCGGCUGCAGGUGCACGCGGGCAACGUGCAGGCCGUGCUCAGCGCCGCCGCCCUGCUGCAGGUCAACGACGUGGCUGCCUCCUGCCAGGACCUGCUGAGCAGCCGCGCCCUCCGCCUGGCGCCCCCCGCCGCGACCCCCGCCAUGGCCCUGGCGCCCCCCACCCCCGACGGCGGCCCCGGCCCCUUCUACUGCGAGAUCAAGCAGGAGGCCGACCCGCCCCCGCCGCCCCCGCCCAAGAUCUACGCCCGGGAGGGGCCCGGCCCCUACUCGGUGCGCGUGGAGGACCGGGUCGGGGGUGCCGCCCCGAGGCCCCCGCCCCACGAGCGCUACAAGGAGGAGGAGGAUGGUGGCGGGGGCGGAGGGCCUGGCGCGGCCUGCAAGCUGGAGGGCGGCGGGCCGGUGGGCCCAGAGGAGGAGGCGGAGGAGGGGGGCCCGGACGGUCGGGCGGCCUUCAACCGGGAGCAGCAGAUCAUCGUGGAGGUGAACCUCAACAACCAGACCCUCCACGUCUCCAAGGGGUCCGAGGGGAAGCCCCCGGCCCCGGCCGGCCAGGACGCCGCCGGGCUGGGCCGGGAGGACGGCCUCGGGGCCGCCCGGGACGGGGAGGGGGACGAGGAGAAUGACGAAGAUGACCGAGAGGAGGAGGAGGAGGAGGAGGAGGAGGAGGCAGGGGAGGAGGAGGAGGAAGAGGAGGCCGCAGAAGAAGAGGAGGAGGAGGAGGAGGAAGAGGAAGAGUCGACAGAGGAGGAGGAGGAGGAGCAGGCGGCCGCUGUUGGGGAGGAGCAAGCAGAGCCGCGGCGGGGGGCGCCCCGGGCAGGGGCCGGGUCCAGCAUGGCCACCCGAUCUCGGACCCAGGCCCCGGCGGGGGCCCCGGGGGCACAGGGCCGGAGGGGCCGCCAGCGCAAGAAGGAGCCACGGCGGCCCCCGCCGCCGGACGGGCCGGGCCCCAAGGUGAGGCUGGAGGAGAAGCAGCGCUACCCGUGCAAGAAGUGCCCGCGCGUCUUCAACAACCGCUGGUACCUGGAGAAGCACAUGACCGUCACGCACAGCCGCAUGCAGAUCUGUGACAAGUGCGGGAAGCGCUUCCUGCUGGAGAGCGAGCUGCUGCUGCACCGCCAGACCGACUGCGAGAAACACAUCCAGUGCGUCACUUGCGGCAAAGCCUUCAAGAAGCUGUGGUCCCUCCACGAGCACAACAAGAUCGUCCACGGCUACGCCGAGAAGAAGUUCUCCUGCGAGAUCUGCGAGAAGAAAUUCUACACGAUGGCGCACGUGCGGAAGCACAUGGUCGCUCACACCAAGGACAUGCCGUUCACCUGUGAGACCUGCGGGAAGUCCUUCAAGCGCAGCAUGUCGCUCAAAGUGCACUCUCUGCAGCACUCGGGGGAGAAGCCUUUCAGAUGCGAGAACUGCAAUGAGCGAUUCCAGUACAAAUACCAGCUGCGUUCACACAUGAGCAUCCACAUCGGCCAUAAGCAGUUCAUGUGUCAGUGGUGCGGCAAGGACUUCAACAUGAAGCAGUACUUCGACGAGCAUAUGAAGACGCACACAGGGGAGAAGCCGUACAUCUGUGAGAUCUGCGGCAAGAGCUUCACCAGCCGGCCCAACAUGAAGAGGCAUCGGCGCACGCACACCGGCGAGAAGCCCUACCCCUGCGACGUCUGCGGCCAGCGCUUCCGCUUCUCCAACAUGCUCAAGGCCCACAAGGAGAAGUGCUUCCGGGUCAGCCACCCUGUGACCUCGGACCCCCCCGCCGACGGCCACGGCCCCCCUUCCGGCCUGCCACCGCCCGCCCCCCCACCUCCGCAGCAGCUG